GCAGUCGGUCUGGGCCAUUAUUUUGUCCCCCUGAAGCUUCAAAUGAACAACAGGCUAAGCGCUCCUUGGAAUGAAUUAAAUAUUAAUUCACCGAGAGAACAUUUUUUUCCUUCCUGCUCAUAACCUCUGACACACAUGGAGUCUGUGGGCCUGUAGCCGGUUGUGUCGCCGGGCUGUUCGGUCCUCCGGUGGACUUGGAGGCCGAAAACAGCGCGCGGAGUGACAGCCCGUUAAAGCAGCCGCAGACUGGGUGUUUAUCUGGCUGGCUAGCCACCUAGCUAGCUUCCUAGACAGCUACGAGGGGAGGAGAAACCCCAAGGACCGUUUGACAACUUUUGGGAAGACGGAGCAGUGGCUGUCCCCGUCCUGUCCGGUCCGCUGAGAGAAUGGCACACCUUCGAGACAUGCAGAACCAGAAUACCAGGCUGGAUCCUGAGGAGUACUUCACCAAGCAGGAGCGCAUCGGAAAGGGUUCCUUUGGAGAGGUCUAUAAAGGAAUCAACAACCGCACCAAAGAGGUGGUGGCGAUUAAAAUCAUAGACCUGGAGGAGGCGGAGGAUGAGAUAGAAGAUAUUCAACAGGAGAUCACGGUGCUGAGCCAAUGUGACAGUCCUUUCGUCACAAAGUAUUAUGGAUCAUACCUGAAGGGGACCAAGCUUUGGAUUAUCAUGGAGUAUUUAGGUGGAGGAUCUGCUCUAGAUCUGCUCCGCCCAGGACCUCUAGAAGAGACUUACAUUGCUACUAUACUGAGGGAGAUACUGAAGGGGCUGGAGUAUCUGCAUUCUGAAAGGAAGAUUCACAGAGAUAUCAAAGCUGCCAAUGUGCUGCUGUCAGAGCAGGGCGACGUGAAGCUGGCAGACUUCGGGGUGGCGGGACAGCUGACGGACACGCAGAUCAAGAGAAACACGUUUGUCGGCACGCCUUUCUGGAUGGCUCCAGAAGUCAUCAAGCAGUCGGCCUACGACUUCAAGGCUGAUAUCUGGUCCCUGGGAAUCACGGCCAUCGAAUUGGCCAAAGGGGAGCCGCCGAACUCCGAUCUCCACCCAAUGAGGGUCCUCUUCCUUAUUCCCAAAAACACUCCGCCCACAUUGGAAGGCCCUUACAGCAAACCUUUCAAAGAGUUUGUGGAGGCCUGCCUAAAUAAAGAUCCCCGUUUCCGGCCGACAGCCAAAGAGCUGCUCAAACACAAGUUCAUCACCCGUUACACCAAGAAGACGGCGUAUCUGACCGAGCUGAUCGACCGCUACCGCCGCUGGAAGUCAGAGGGACACGGAGAGGAAUCCAGCUCCGACGACUCGGACAUGGACGCGGACGGGGACGUGGACACCUGCCCCAUGUGGACCUUCCCCACAGUCAGACCCACCACCAUAAAUAAAUUACAGAAGGGCUACACACACACAGACUCAGAGACAGGAGACUCUGUGAAAAGACAACCCAAGUCUCAGUGUUUGUCUGCUUUGGUCACUCCCAUCUUCAGAGAGUUGAAGGAGAAGCGGCGGGCGAGCGGCGGUGGGGUCGGAGCGAUCGAGGAGCUGGAAAACGCCUUCAACCUGGCCGAGGAGUCGUGUCCGGGCAUCUCCGACCGCCUCGUCACGCACAUGAUGGAGAGAGUGUGCAGGUUUUCUUUAAACGGUAACACCACCCCGUCUUCACGGUGAAACCCCAGCUGGAUUUAACUUGAGCCCGUCCCUCUUUUCUUCUGUCUCCCGGACCGCCCGCCCCACCCCGCCCCCCCCAGCUCCAGCUCCUCAGAUAAAGGACCACAGAUGAACAAACCCACGCUCCUCCAUCGUGCCCCUCUUAGUCCUGUCCCUCCAGAGAUCUUUUAACUAGUUAUAAUUAAAUAUUUUUACAGUUUUUCUUUUAAGAUCGGAGAGUAUUUAAGACAAUAAAGCCAUGACAUGUAGAGCGUUGUGUAUACCUGUUAGAGUGAGAUGAAAACAACUAUAAUAAAGUCUAUGGAAAAUGUC